AUGGACAGAAUUUAUAAAAAUGUCAUGAGUAAAGUUCAAGAGAUGAACUAUAUUCAGAGAACUCUGUUCAAGAUAGGCUAUGACUACAAAUUGGAACAAAUCAAGAGGGGAUACGACGCACCACUGUGUAACGUACUAUUGUUUAAAAAAGUAAAGGCACUGCUGGGAGGGAACGUCCGCAUGAUGCUUUCUGGAGGAGCACCGCUCUCGCCUCAGACACAGAGAUUCAUGAACAUCUGUUUUUGCUGUCCUGUUGGUCAGGGCUAUGGACUGACAGAAACGUGUGGAGCUGGAACUAUUACAGAAGUUGCUGAUUACAGCACUGGCAGAGUUGGAGCUCCUCUUAUUUGUUGUGAAAUCAAACUGAGAGACUGGCAAGAAGGGGGCUAUACUAAUAAAGACAAGCCUAAUCCUAGAGGUGAAAUUAUAAUUGGUGGACCCAAUGUCUCAAUGGGAUAUUUUAAGAACGAAGAGAAGACAACUGAAGAGUUCUGCAUUGAUGAGAACGGUCAGAGGUGGUUCUGUACCGGAGAUAUAGGGGAGUUUCAUCCGGAUGGAUGUCUGCAAAUCAUAGAUCGCAAGAAAGACUUGGUAAAGCUGCAGGCAGGGGAAUACGUGUCUCUGGGCAAAGUAGAGGCAGCCCUGAAGAACUGUCCAUUGAUUGACAACAUCUGUGCUUAUGCCAAAAGUGAUCAGUCUUACGUGAUCAGUUUUGUGGUUCCGAAUCAGAAGAAGCUGACGGCGUUAGCUGAGCAGAAAGGCAUCAGUGGAAGCUGGGUGGACAUUUGUAACAAUCCUACGAUGGAAGCGGAAAUACUGCGGGAGAUUAAAGAAGUGGCAAACAAGAUGAAAUUAGAAAGGUUUGAAAUACCCAUCAAAGUACGGUUAAGCCCUGAACCAUGGACCCCAGAGACUGGGCUGGUAACAGAUGCUUUCAAGCUGAAAAGGAAAGAACUGAAAAACCAUUACCUCAAUGACAUUGAAAGAAUGUACGGAGGGAAAUAA